UUGGGAGGGGAGACAGACAAGCCAGCUAGAGAAGCUUUCCUUUUACCUUUUGAAAAAGCAAUGCCAAAUCCCAUCCUUUAGGUUCUUCUCCUUCUCCUUCUGUGUCUUUGGCUGUAUUCUCCCUCUCCUUUGCUGUGACAGAAUCACUCUGCGGGGCACGCCAUUAACAUAGCUCCAUGUUUUGAUCAGCUUUUGGUGAUUGUGUCAGAGCAUUGAACAGAGCCAUGACGAAGAUCAGCCCUGAAGUCAAAGUCAAGAUGCCAAUGGAAGCGGUGCCGCCUGUUUCGGCUGAUGUCAGCUUUGUUUCUGAUUGUUUUCCAAACUAUAAACUAGGACCUGAUAACCAGAUUGUGGAAGAGCCAAUGGAGGAAACCCAUGGGCCUUCCUUGAAGGAUGUUAUCGAGCAAGAAGUAUCCAACUUGUCAGAUCAGCACAAACGCCUCUCAGUUCGUGACCUUGCCAGCAAAUUUGACAAGAACUUGGCUGCAGCUGCUAAGUUGUCUGAUGAGGCAAAGCUAAGAGAGACACCAUCUUUGGAGGGACAUGUUCUUUUGAAAAAGCUAAGAGAUGCAUUAGAAUCGUUAAAAGGCCGUUUGCAAGGAAAACAUAAGGAGGAUGUGGAGAAGGCUAUUUCUAUGGUGGAAGCUUUAGCAGUUAAGCUGACUCAAAACGAAGGAGAACUAAUUCAAGAGAAGUUUGAAGUGAAUAAGCUAGUGAACUUUCUCAAACAGGCUUCUGAAGAUGCCAAGAAACUUGUUAAUCAAGAGAAGUCUUUUGCUUGUGCUGAAAUUGAGAGUGCUGGAGCAGUAGUGAUGAGAAUUGGUGAGGCCCUUGAGGAACAGGAAAAAGCUUUCCAAGCUUCUAAGAGACAGGAUGUGGAAGAACUGGUAGAGGAGGUUCAGGAGGCUAGAAGAAUCAAAUUGUUGCAUCACCCAAGCAAGGUGAUGGCUAUGGAACAUGAGCUUCGUGCUCUGAGGGAUCAAAUUCGAGAGAAGUCCAUUUUUUCAAUGAAGCUUCAGAAAGAGCUCACAAUGAGCAAGAAGAACGAGAACCAAUCUAGUUUAUACAAGUUAGAUGGUUCUGAAACCUUAGGUUCAUACCUGCAAGUCCACCCUUGCUCAGAUGAAGUGCCACAGACAUCGAAAUGCUCGUUCCAGUGGUAUCGGUUGUCAUCUGAAGGCAGCUGGAGAGAGGUCAUUUCAGGUGCAAACAGAUCAGUAUAUGCUCCAGAUCCCUUUGAUGUUGGGCGAAUCUUACAAGUAGACAUUGUCUCCAAUGGCAAAAAAGUCACAUUAACAACGAAUCCUAUUCAAGCUGUUUCAGGACUUAGAAGCCAUGUGGACUCACUCCUUCGAAAGUCUAAUACAGAAUUUAAUGUUGUCAUUUCUCAGAUGAAUGGACAAGCUCACUCAUCACAUUCUGUUCAUGCAUUUAAUGUGGGGAGAAUGAGGAUGAAGUUAUCCAGAGGUUGGAUCACGAAAGCCAGAGAAAUUUACUCCCCAUCCAUGCAGCUGUGUGGAGUCCGAAGCGAUAGCAGUAAUGCUGCAAAGGCGCUGUUUUGGCAAGCUAGGAAGGGAUUGUCCUUUGUAUUAACAUUUGAAUCAGAAAGAGACAGAAAUGCAGCUAUUAUGGUUGCCAGGAAAUAUGCUCUUGAUUGCAAUGUGGUGCUUGCUGGGCCUGAGGAUUUAGUAUAGGGGGGCAAACUUUACUGACUGAGAGUUUCAACAAAAGUGAGAUUUAUCAUAUUUAGUGCGAGUAUACUUACAUGUGAACUUGUUUUGUUACAGGAAUAUAUGUUGUUUUUG